UGCUCACCAAACGCAGGCCAACAUAGUGACUCGAGGACACUCAUCUGCGACCUUCGUGCAAAGCGUGACAUCGUCCCAGGCGAAGAAAUCACCAUAUCCUACAUUGACAGCGUACGCCCAACUGCAGAAAGAAAAGCAGAGCUUAAAACCAAUUACGGCUUUGAUUGUACCUGU